AUGAACAUCGAAGGUUCCUUGACUCUACGGUGUUAUUCGCCGUAUGGUAGCUUUAUCGACAAAACCACUUUACCGAGAUCCACAACACCAGUUUCACCACAUUCAGAGCCGACUAAAUCAGAGACAACCAAUAUGCAAUCAAGCGAAGCAGCUUUUCCAGUUCCAGCUGUAGCAGGCGGUGCCGGUGCUGUUGUGUUGAUUGCGGUGGUAGUCAUCGUCGUUGUUGUUGUUGCUAAACGGAGACGCAACAAGAAAAAUGGGCAAAAUUCUGAUAACAAUGGAGAUUACUGCAACAUGGACGCAGAUCUUUACAAAUAUCAGAACGCCAAGUCAUCUGGAAAGCAUCCAAGAGUUUUAACAGACCAAAAGCAGACUGGUAAUCAGACGAUUCGCUCUCCAUCAGACGACUAUGCAUCUAUUGACGACGAAGCUGGAGGCAUUACUUGGAAACCGCAGGUCGCCCUAAAACCAAAUCGGCCUAACACAAAUGACCAUGAUGACUUACAACCACAGCCUGCUCACCACGACGUGUCAAACAUGUACGCGAAGGUUAACAAAAACAAGAAACCAGCCAAAUCCACGAAUGAAGCUGACAUGCCUGUUAUGCACGUAAAUGAGCUCUAUGCUGUGGUUGACAAAACUAAAAAGGGGAAACAACCGUUGAAGGCUAAACCUUCUGGUGAUGUGUACGCCGUGGUAAAGAAACCGAAGAAGUCCGGAGAGAAGAGUCCAGAAUCUAAAGUUCAAGGUCCCGAGUCUGAGAUAACCGGUGAUGUCUACACUGAAGUUCGGAAACCGAAGAAGUCUGGGAAUAAUCCGAACAUCCCUAAAGGUUCACCUGAACUCGUUUACACUGAGGUGGAGUUUGACGAAAACACAGACGAACCACAGGGAGCCACAGGAGGGGAUGAAAAGACAGACUCAGUUGCAACAGAGGAGGAUCGUGUUCUGUAUUCUAAAGUUUGUUGAAUAGUUCUGUAUAGAUCGUUGGGUGGGGAGAUAGGUGGAAGAACAAUGGGUACAGUUAGCCUAUGUCAGUACUCUAAAACACAUAUUUUCUAAGCACUGUGUCUGACUCACCGAUUCCACUAUUUCUUGUUCAUAAUAGGCCUUCCGUAAUAUUAUUUUCCACAGAUCUAUCUCACCACGUUCUCCCCACCCUUGUUUGUCAGUGGUUUGCUGCUGGUAUAUAACUUCUGUUCAGUGAUCAUCCAACAAUCGCAUCUUCCGAAUUCCAACAUUCCAUUGUCAAUGUUAUACUAGUCACAACAAGUUAGGGGCCAAUAUCAAAUUAAACCUUACUUUAAAAAAAAAAAAAAAAAAAAAUUCAGGGACGGUGAUUGGUGAUGAAAAGUAGGUUACAGAUGUGUAUAUAGCAUUGUAGAUUUCAUCUACAUCAGCCUUUUACUCAUACCUCUUUGUUGCCGGCAGAAAGCGUGUGGCAAAUGCAGACAAAUAUAAACUGAUAGCCAUGCUACCGAGACAUGAUCUGAUAACCAUGCUACCAAAAUAUCAACUGAUAACCAUGCUACCAAGACAUAAACUGAUAACCAUGCCACCAAAACUAUUCUGAACUGUGGCCAAACCCUGUAUAGGUAAUGGUUGAAUGAUAACGUAUCCGUUAGACAAGUUGCCAAAUGCCUGCAAGUGAGCUAUUCCAUAAUCCAUUAACGUGCAAGAACGUUCCUAUACCUCUGACACAGAUCAUCCCCACCCAACCCCUUGUGGCCCUUAACUUCUUGUGACUAGUAUAAUAUUAAGGCUAGCUUUCCAAGUUCUGUAUGUAGCCUUCCUAAGGAUCGGCGAGAUCCGUGUACAGGUUUCUGUUUGGAACUGAGGCAGCCCAAUGGUAAAGCACUCGCUUGAUGCGCGGUCGGUCUAGGAUGGAUCCCCGUAGAGGACCUAUUUGCUUAUUUAUCGUUCCAACCAGUGCACCACGACUGGUGUAUCAUUGGUCGUAUUAUGUGCUAUCCUGUCUUCGAUAUGGUGCAUAUAAAAGAUCCCGUGCUACAAACGGGAAAAUAUAGCGGGUUUCCUCUCUAAAACUAUAUGUCAAAAUUACAAAAUGUUUGACAUCCAAUAGCCGAUGAUUAAUAAACCAAUGUGCUCUAGUGGUGUCGUUAAAUAAAACAAACUUUAACUGUAUGGAACUCGUAUUCACAUAAACUGGUUUAUCUAAAACAUAUUUUGCUUAAUAACAAACGUAAUGGUCCGUUGUUUCGUUCAUUGUUUGUCCUAAAAUUGUUUUAUGUUUUUAAUUGACUUAUCUUUAAUGACAUGAUAAUGAUAAUAAUAAUAAUAAUAAUAAUAAUAAUAUUACUUACCCAUUUGUACAUUUUUAUAAUUGUA